AUGCCAGCCACACGCCUCACCCUGAUUGCCAACGCCUCCCAAACAAACCGCUGUCCCCUUCUCCUCCCCUCCUCCGACUCCGACAUCCUCACAGCCGUCUUCACCACCUCAAAGGCCAAACUCCGCAUCAAGAAGCCCGCACGGGUAUUCCUGCGCGGCGGCCACGAGCUCUUCACAUCAGACGACAUCCAGCAAUACCUCAAAGACGACCUCGUCCUCCUCAUCUCCGCCGGCGAAGCGUACGUCGGCAACACCAAAGCACCCCCCAGCACCACCUGCACAGUGCACACCAUCACCUCCCAGCUCGCCCUCGACCCCGUCUCCCUCUCGCAGCUAGCCGAGUGCGCAAAGCUCCCCGGCAUCAUCUCCGCCGUCGGCCUGCCAGACCUGCACCCCGGCACGCGCUUCCCAAUCGGCUGCACCUUCGUCUCAGACGGCUACAUCCACCCGCCGCUCAUCGGCGGCGACAUCGGCUGCGGGAUGAGCUGGUACCGCACGACGCUCAAGGCGGACAAACUCUGGGACGCGGCCGGGGUGAAGAAAGUCGCCGGCAACCUCGUCGGCCUCGAGGGCGAGUGGCUGGGCCCCGCCGAGCGCGAAGCAUGGCUAAGCUGCGGCACCACCGACGGCAAGUCGCUGAGCGUGGGCGCGGACUGGGACCGGUACCUGGGCACCAUCGGGUCCGGGAACCACUUUGCGGAGCUGCAGGUCGUGGAGGACAUCCUUCCCUACACCUACAACGACGGCACGGGGCAGGUGUACACGCCGCCGUUUGCGCCCGACGAGGUGAUCCUGCUGGUGCACUCCGGCUCGCGCGGGUAUGGACAGCAUGUCCUGUCGCAGUUCUACAACUCGUCCUCGACCGAGGCGGACAUCUCCAUCCCCGCCACGGACCCAAAGGCACUCUCCUACCUCACCCUCCACGACGCCGCCUGCGCCUGGGCACAGCGCUCCCGCGACCUCAUCGCACUACGCUUCCUCUGCUGCCUCGAGUCCUCGCUGUGGGACAGCCCUGAAGCCAACAUCCCCGCCUACCACGCCGCAAUCCAGGAGCGCAAGGCAAUGGACAUCCACCACAACAACGUCACACUCACCCCCUGGCCGCCCGCCGCCCCCGACACGACCAAAGCCAUCUACAUCCACCGCAAAGGCGCCGCGCCCUCCACCCCCUCGACUCCAUUCCUCCCACUGCCCGGAUCCCGGGGCACACCCACUCUCAUCCUCCGCCCGCUGUUCAGCGAGGCGACGGGCCACGGGGCACAGAACGCGCUCUCGCUCGCACAUGGCGCGGGGAGGGUCAUGUCGCGAUCAAAGGCGCGGGUGGGGAUUGCGCGUAAGUAUAACGGCGACACGGAGGUGAUGACGAACAUGAAGCCGUUUUCGCGCAGCGGGAAGGGGCGCGUGGUGGAGGGGGCGGGGUGGGUGGUGUGUGAUGAUAAGGAGCUGGUGUGGGAGGAGGCGCCGGAGGCGUAUAAGGAUGUGGAGGUUGUGGGCGAGGAGAUGGUGAGGUGUGGGGUUGCGGCGGUGGUGGGGAGGGUGGUGCCGAGGGUUACAUAUAAGGUUAGGAGGGAGUAG